UCCAUUAUCCAUCACUAAGUAAAAAACAAUGAAUCAUUCAACACAAUUAUCCUUGUUCCUUCUAAUUUCUUUAAUCUUUAUUUCUCAAGCCAGUACAAAUUUGUAUGAAGUUGUGUGCAAUGAUGCUGGGAAAGACCACGACCGUUGCUUGAAACUCAUACAAGGAUACCCUGAAAUCACUUCAUCAAAAGACUAUCCUACCCUUUGCAAGGCCAUCUUAAGUAUGGCGGUAAAGAAGAGUACAUAUGCGCAAAAUGAAAUAAAAACAUUGGUUGGAAAAUACCCUUCUUCUACCGCCAUGAAAGAAUGCGCAACCGUUGAUUACUUUAAUUUAGUUCAUUCAUUCAAAAUGAUUAUCCAAGACGUGGAUGAGGAUGCUAAAACUGCAAACUAUGAUGCUUUCGUAGCGGCUGAUGAUAUUGAAAUAUGCCAAACUAAACUGGAUAAUGAACACACAGUUGAUCCUACUAUUAAUACAAUUAAUAAUGAUAUGAAAUUUCUUUGUCGGGUUGCAUAUUUAGCCACAAACCAUCUUGAUCUUGAAUGAGAUAUGUGCUUGUAUUUUUUUUAUAACUUAUUAUAAAUUAAUAAAUGUAUUUAAGAUCA